AUGAUCAUAUCAAAGAAUGUAUAGCUAGCGAAAUUACUGACAUCUUUUUACAAGAAAUUAAGCUGAACGCACUUCAAAGAGUUUCUGGAAGAUCUGAAAAUAUGUUAGUAGAAAUUAUUGCUCGCUUAAUAGACAUAGCUAUGUAUCAUUUACCUGUAGACUAUGAGGUUGAAGUUACUAGGGCUGAGCGUCAAAUGGGAAGAAAUCGUUUUUUCGAAAGUGGUAAAUGGGAUACUGAUGAAGAUAAAAUCUACUAUGACCAUAAUAAAUUAGUUCAACUCUGUUUAGAUAGCACUAAAGAACUUGUAAAGAAAUGCACGAAAAAAACAUUCUAUCAAAAUUAUAUAGGAUUCAGGGUUAAUAUUGCAGCAAAAAUACCCCUUGGUAAAGAGUUAGUUGAGAAAAUCGAAGAGUUCGUUUAUGCUCUAUUAGUUUUGCAAAGUAUUGUAAAUAAUUUUCAAAAAAGAUCAAGGAAGAUGAGUGAUAUAAGUCCUCCUUCACAUGAAGCUGAAAGAUUAAGCAAGAAAAAUAGUGCAAAUUUCUAA